AUGGGAGUCCAUUUUUCUUCCUAUUAUUCGUAUUAUUCAACGCCUGCGACGGAUGUACUGAACGCUACUUGUGGUCCCGUCCGUGGACUCAAUUAUCAACAGGUUUUCUUUCCGAAAAAAUAGUAAGCCGAUGAAAUUGAACAAAAUAAAACUCAUUUUGAUGAAAAUAACAAUUUUUCUUCCAGCCCGAUGGUCGAAGUGUGGGCGGUUACCUGGGUAUUCCAUAUGCGAAACCACCGGUUGGCGAGAGACGGUUCAAGGUUUCAUUUUUAAAAAGAUUGAAAAUAUUUUGAAAUUCAACUCAGUAUGCGUCAUAGGUUGUGCAGUGGCGCAUUCUGUGUGUUAUUCAUGGCGCAACUUUUGAUUCGAUCAAUUUUUUUCCGAUUUCUUUAUUUUUUUCUUUUUUUCUUUAUUUCUUUAUCUCUUUAAUUGAUAAACCGGAAAAGUUUGAGGAAACGCAGACGCGCUUGUAGAAUGAACCCGUUUCGAUAAAAGAUUCGUUUUUAAAUGUUGCUUGAUCCCAAAACGUUAAUAAAAAAAGUAAAAAAAUAAAAUAAAGGUCUGGAAAUUUUUUUGUGUUUUACCUCUUCAAAAAAAUUCCUUUCUCAUUUUUUUAGAAAAACUCCCUUUUUUUUUUUUUUUUCUCACUUUUUCGAAAAAAAUUAAUUCAGAAACCAUCAAUUUUCACAAGUUUUGAGUUAACGUAAAACUAACGUUGCGCUUUAUUUUCUAUGAAAAUUCCUAAUUUUGAACCGAACUUUUUUUAUUUAGAAGCCCGAAGCUCACGAGAGAUGGGAAACCCCACGAGAUUGCUAUCAAUUCGGCCCUAGGUGUCCCCAAAACGAUGAAGUCGUUUUUUCGGUGAGUUUUUAGACUCGAAAACUGUUCAAACUCUCGAAAUUAAUGAACUUUCAGCUUCUAAACGCCGUCGGCAAAGACGAGGCCAAUUGCCUGACGCUCAAUGUUUUUGCGCCCCUCUGGAAAAGCGACGAAUGGGUUUCUUUCAAAUUGAUGUACUUUGAAAUGAAUUAUGAACUUUUAGCCAAACGGUCUUCCUGUAAUGGUCUACAUUCACGGCGGCGGUUUUGUGGUUCAUUCUAGCAGUAAUUAUGGCGAUAGUUCGAUCGCUAGGUGAUUAAGGAUGAGAAGGAAAAUACUUAUUGUGAAUCAGUUGAUUUGUAAAAAAAAGAAAAUUUUGUUAGUAUUUUGAAUAGAUUAUGCCUGUGAACCAUGACAAGGGUUUGUGAUUUUUAAAUUUCAAACAUUUUUUUAAGCUCGUAUGUGUGAGCCGUGUGACUAUAAUUUAUAUAUAUAUAUAUAUAUAUAUAUAUAUAUAUAUAUAUAUAUAUAUAUAUAUAUAUAUAUAUAUUGAUUUCAUUUUUUUGCUUCCUACUGGCUCUUAGUGAGCUUUUUUUAUAGGAAUAGUAUGAUAAAGAAAAAUCAAAAAAAUAAUUUCUUUUUCUUUCCACUUCUUUUUGUAGGAAUUUUUUUAUCUUGUUUCAAAAAAAAUUUAACUUAAUAUGAAUCUCCCCAAUUUUUCAAUCAAUCUGAAUUAAUUCUCACUCAUUACAAUCUUCCAGAAAUCUUUGCGUCAAGGACAUUGUCGUGGUGUCGAUCAACUACCGAUUAGGCAUUUUUGGGUUCUUCACGACUGGAGAUGAUGUUUGUAGAGGUAAGAAAAAUCUAAAAAUUGAGAAAAAAAAAUUAUUUCAAGGGAACUUUGGUCUUUGGGACCAGACGCUGGCUCUGAAAUGGGUCCAGGAACACAUUGCCUCCUUCGGCGGAGAUCCGAAAAAUGUGACUAUUUUUGGGCAAAGCGCCGGCGGAGCUUCUGUAGAUCUGCUCAGUUUGAGCCCUCACUCGAGAGGUUCAGAGAAAAUCUGAAAUCAUUCAUAUUUAUGAAAUUUUUAGACCUGUUCCAAAGGGUGAUCCCGAUGGCCGGCUGCGCUGAAUGCGAUUUUGCUUUGAGAACCAGUGAACAGCAAGCUACGAUCUCCAGAGAGUAUUCUAGAUUCAUUGGAUGGACUGGAAAAGGUGUGGAAGUUGAGAAAAAAAAAUAAUAAGAUUACGGAUUUUAAAUAGGGCAGAAAAAGCGAUUUAUAAAUCUUCGAAUAUCAUUAAGAUGUCGGUUUUCUUUCUUUACAUUUUGGAUGUUGUCAUAGAAUUAGAAAGGUCUCAAAAAAAGAGACCCUAAAAAUUCGGAUUUGAUUUUUGGAGGCUUUUCUGUGAUAAGUUUGCAUAAUGAUACGGUCUAUACGGAUUUUAUUUUUCUCCUGUUGUAUCGGAUUUCAUGAUCAGCUGUUGAAAAUGAGAGCUUUUUUGUGAUUUUCAUGGUUGUCUUGAAUUUCAAAUGAUUCAAACAAAAAAGCGAUUGGAAGUUCUUCAAAAAGCGCUGAAUAUUCUCAAGAAGUUGGGUUUCUGUUCUCUUUACUGUGUUAGAAAGUUCUUGAACCUCUCAGAAAUUCGGAUUUGACUUUUGUGGGCUUUUCUGUGAUACGUUUCCAAAAUUGUACGAUCAAUUUGAACUUUAUUUAUUUCUUUAUGACCCGGUUUACAUGAUUAUCUUUUGAAAUUAAAAUGGUUUUUCGAAAUCAUAUUUACGUGUCCGUUUCAAAAAUUUAGGGAUUUUUCGAGAAAACUGAGAAGUCUUUUUUUCUUCAUAAUUUUCAUAAUUUAGACGAUGACUCAGAAGGCCUGAUGCGAUGGAUAAAUGAGCAGCCAUUGCACAAGCUUGAGCUGAGCUUGAGGCCUGUCCGGGUGAGAAAUUUCAAACGAAAAAAUACAGAAAAUAUCCUUCUGUUUUUUCAAAAAUCAAUCUGAAAGCAGGAAAAUAGGGAUGAAAAGUACGAGAACCGACUUUUAUUCUCCUGGUUUUUUUUUGGGCCUUUUCAGCUUCCCAGCUUUUCCUUUCAAAUAUCCUUUUCUAUGAUUUUUAAAUUUUUCUCUUUCAACUGGUUAGGCUUGAGGAACAAGGUCCCUUAUGCUAUUCAGUUCUUUAAAAAGUAUUUUUUUCUUUUUUUAUUUGAUUUUUUUGCAGCUUAAAUUCAUGCAAUUAAUCAGAAGCGAUCAUAAUCAGAUAAUUUAGCCGGGGAUAGCCAUUCCAAAUGCGACCCUGAGCUUCUAAGUUGAGGGACAUAAAAACCCAAAAGAUUUUAGCGUUUUUUUCAAAGCUCACACUAAUGCUUUUUGACGCAAAUAAAAAAAUAAUACUCUAUUUAAAAAAAAAAAAAAAUAGUCAUAUAACUUCAUGUUCCAGGGCUUCGAGAGCUCUCAGACGGGUUCUCUCUGCUUUGUGCCGCACAUCGACGGCGAUUUCUUCCCGAAAUCCAUCCCCGAACUUCGGAAAGAGUCCCCGAAAAGAAGCAUCCUUGUUGGGACCACCGAAUUUGAAGGCCUUUUCUUUGGUGAUUUUUUUGAGUCUUUGAAAGAAUUCUUCAUGGUCAAAGAGCUGAUUUUACCAUAGAAAACCUCGUUUUCUUAUUCACUAAAUUUUUUUUCAGCCGGUUUGCUCUCCCUGGCCUUUAUCCGUGACAAUUUGAAGAAGCUCAUCAAGGAUUUGUACAAAGUAACUUUGAAAAGAAUCUAAACAAUGAAAAUGAAAGUAAUUUUCAGAAGUGCGACUACGGGGAUCAAGCCGAAGCAGUUCAGGAAAAAGUCUUCAAUUUCUACAUGAAGGAUAUUGAUGUUAAUGAUAAGACCAAAUGCUUGGAGCAGAUGAUUCAUGUGAGGAAUCGAGAAGAUAUCACAAAAACUGGCCCGGAAUGCGUCGCGGUUGCGUGGCGGUUUUAGAAUAAACGAAGGAAUCUUUGGACUAGAAAAAUUUCCAGGAAGAAUCUUUUUUGAAGAAGACGAUGAAAAAUCAGGCAGAUGCUUGGUUUUACUUAAAGAGAAGUGUUUUUUCAGUUUUAUGUUCUAUUUUCUCUUGCGUUUCGGAUCCCCAAGAUUGGUGUACGCACAAUUCACGCUCACGAAUAUUCGCGGACCCAAAAUUUCGUCCUACCAUUUUUUUAAGGAACUUGAAAAAGAGCUUUAGGCUCUUUUUCAAGGCCUUUUUGAGGUCGUUUGGACUUAGCCUGUGUUGAUAUUUGCUUUUUUCAAGCCAAAAAUAGAUACGCUGCGCAACCGCGACGCAGUGGGCCUUUUUUCGUAGUGGCCUUCCGAAUAUUUUCAAUUUUUUGUGAUUCCAGUUCCUUGGUGAUCAUUUCAUCAACGUCGGCGUGUUCAACUACGCGAGGUCCAUGGCCAAAAUGGGCCAUGACGUGUAUUUUUACUCCUUCGAACACUUUAACCCCAACGGUUUCGGCAUUUUCAAGUGGAUCAUGCCUUUUGUCGGUGAGUUUUUGGUUCGGGAUUUCAGGUACCUCUAAAAAAAGAAGUUAUGAGCUUGAUUUUUAAGAUAAUUUUGAAAUUUGAAAAGGAUAAAAUGUAUUAAUUUUUUACAAUUUUUUUAGAGUUUUCUAAUAGCUCAUUUGGAAAAUUGAGCUCAUUCCGUUCAAUUUUUUUUAGCAAUUUGAAUUUUUUCUCCCGCAUUAAAGACGCUUCCGGCGGCACAAAAAUGACUGUCAGAAAGUGGGAAAGAUUAUGGAAAUUUUGGAGAGUCAGAGAAUAUUUUUAUUCAACUGGUUUACGUUGGUCGCAGCUUUAUUUUUUUAAAACAAAUAUUUUUGAAAUGAAAAAUUACCCUUUUUUUAAAAAUUAUGUUUGAAAAAAAGGUAAUUUUUCAGCCGCGACACAUUGCAUGGAAAUUCGCUACGUUCUCGGCAAAGGUGUCAUUUCGAAAUUCAAACCCGAUGAGGACGACCUCAAAAUGAUCCACAUCAUGACUAACUACUUCACGAAUUUCGCUAAAUAUGGGUUAGUUUCGAAACAAAGACAAAAUAUGGGGCUGUACAAUGAAUUUUCUGUGUGUUUUUCGUUUAAAAUGAACCAAACGAUACGAUUACAGUACGCCGAACUCUCGAUCCGACGAUCUGAAAGUCUGGGAGAAGCACUCGCCGGAAAACCCAUUCCGACACCUGCGCAUCAAACUGCCGACCGCUGAGAUGGUCGACGAUUAUCAGGCCAGAAGGGCCGAAUUUUGGGACGAAAUCCGGGCGGCCAACGUUGUCCGUGGACAGCACUAUUCGUGUUAA